UAAUGAAGUGCUGUAGCGGUCAGUUUAUUUGUUGUUUCUGUCUCCGUAAUCACUCUCUUCAUGUUUUUAGGAAGUUGAGGGUCACAUACCUAAGGAACACUGAGCCCUCUUUACUUACUGUUAUAAAACCGGGGAAUUUGGUACUGCGUGUUAUGGUUUUCCAAUCCGUCUUAAUGAGGAUCAAGGGUUGUUAUGACGGAUUCUGAGGUUAAAGACUCAAACAAACACCGGUGGUCACUCAGAACUCAGCAGUGCCUCGGACAAAGAGGUCUUCACACUUCAAGGCUCUGAGCGGCGCACCUGGAGAAUACAGUUUCAGUAAAAGCCCAUUCAAGGUAGUAAAUCACUGCGCCUGGUCGUUCAUCACUGAGGGGAAAGAAGGAAGUCAGCGUCACAGUUGGAGGAAGGACGAACGAGCUUCCCUCUGAUCAAGUUCUCUCUGUACCAAAAAAGAUGUCAACCGCUACCGUAGACGGUGUAGGAAGAGGAACCAAACUCUCUAAAGCAUCAAAGGAUCACAAAAAGCUCACGGCAGCUGCCCUGAAAGGAGCCAUCCAGCUGGGUAUCGGUCACGCUGUGGGAAACCUCAGCUCUAAACCAGACAGAGAUGUUCUCAUGCAGGACUUCUCUAUGGUGGAGAGCAUCUUCCUGCCCAGCGAGGGCAGCAACCUGACUCCUGCACAUCACUACCCAGAUUUCCGUCUGAAAACGUACGCCCCGCUGGCCUUCCGCUACUUCAGAGAGCUGUUUGGCAUCAAACCAGACGACUAUCUGUACUCCAUGUGCAAUGAGCCUCUGAUCGAGCUGUCCAACCCGGGCGCCAGCAGUUCCUGGUUCUACCUCACCAGCGAUGACGAGUUCAUCAUUAAGACGGUGCAGCAUAAAGAGGCCGAGUUCCUGCAGAAGCUGCUUCCUGGUUACUACAUGAAUCUGAAUCAGAACCCGAGGACGUUGCUGCCCAAGUUCUACGGCCUUUACUGCAUCCAGUGCAGCGGCCUCACCGUCCGCGUGGUGGUGAUGAACAACGUGCUGCCGCGCGCCAUCAGGAUGCACUACAAGUACGACCUGAAGGGUUCCUCGUACAAACGCCGCGCCUCGCGCAAAGAGCGUGUCAAGGGGUCGCCCACGUUCAAAGACCUGGACUUCCAGGAGAUGCACGAGGGCCUGCACUUCGACUCGGACACCUACACCGCCCUGAUGAAGACCCUGCAGAGGGACUGUCGGGUCCUGGAGAGCUUUAAGAUCAUGGACUACAGUCUCCUGCUGGGGAUUCACGUUGCAGACCGGAAGCCUCUGGUCAGAGAAAACCGAUGUGACAGCAGGAAGGGACAGAAAGUCCUCUACUCCACUGCCCUCGAGUCCAUCCAGGGGAAUGUGAAGGCCCCCGAACCGGUGGCUGAUGAUGAAACAUUGGGUGGAAUUCCUGCCAAACAUAAAGAUGAGAACCUUCUCAUCUUUUUGGGAAUCAUUGACAUCCUUCAGUCCUACAGGUUCAUCAAGAAGGUGGAACACUCCUGGAAAGCUCUUGUACAUGAUGGGGACACGGUGUCGGUUCACAGGCCCGGUUUUUACGCGGACAGAUUUAUGAAAUUCAUGGGCUCGACUGUAUUCAAAAAGAUUCAUCCUAUAAGAGGAGCGUCCUCAAAGAGGAAGAGGAGUUCCAUCUAUGCAGCAAAGUCGGCCUCUCAGGAAUUUCUGUCCCCACCGAAGGAGGAGAAGAAGGAGGAGAAGAAGGCCCAAAGCUUGGACAACCUGGAUGGAAACUUUCACAGUUCCUCCAAGCAACCGGAUCUCCUUCUGAGAGUUUCCUUCGUGUCCACCGGAUAUGAUGAAGAGGAUCUUGAAAACAGUGAAGACCGACGAGACUCCAGUGCAACGAUCGCUCUGGACGAUCCUCUGCCGACUCUCAGCAGGAGCCAAUCAGACACUGACCUGGACGUCUACUUGCGUCACACAGACUCACCCAGGAGACCCAGCUGGAGUUGAUCAGUCGAUUGUGUCCCAGCAUCCAUAAACUUGAGGAGCCACCUGGACGUCUGACCUUUGACCUCCCAGUCCCACAGUGUCGAGACAUCAGGACUUCACAGCGGAGUAAAUCUGACACAAACAUGUUGAUGUCAGUUUCUCCACCGUGACCAUCACUCUGUGCCUCGGUGACUUUCCUCUUUGAGUCGAAGUAAAUGCACCAAAUCACUGAUUCUUAUAUAGAAAGCCCCAUAAUGAAGAGAUGGGGAUGCAGUCUGUGUUUCUGUGUGUUAAGACUUUUAAUAUAAAACACUAUGAAGCUGUUUCUUCUGUUAUUUGCACUUUGCUGCUAAUUUUACAACAGUGCUAACAAAAAAAAUUCUUCUUGGAUGUCUGAAUUUCUGUGCAAAUGUUUAAAUGUUCUCAGCGGCUGGAUCCCUGAGCAGAUUGUCUUGUAUGUUAAUCAGCUACAGGAAAAAAAUAAUGCUGUUAUUUUCACAUCAUAUAAUUACAUAGAUGCGUGUUGAGAUCACUCUGCUGUUGGGAAUCUGAAUGAAAGAUUCAUCUGUUACACAGGGUUUAUACCCUUAUAAACAUCAUGUAUAACUGAUUUUAGAAUCGCAAUUCACAUAAAACAAAUACAUCAAUAUCAUGCUACACAAUUAUUAAUUUAUUUCAUAUUCUCUGGGUAUUUUUUUCUCCAAACACGUAGAAUCUGCUGCCACCAGUACAAAAAGUAUUUGCUCAGCUUCUUGUUAUAACGAGAUGUAUUUCACGUUAUAAUGACAUAUUUUUCUUGUUAUUUCUACAGUAAUAUGCUGUACAGUUUUCAGUCCUUGACCUUUCAUGCAUUCCUGUGUCAUUUCUCAUUUCAUCUUCACUCGGAUUUAUUCAAACUACUGCCUGUUAUAAACUGUUUUGAAUCCUAGAGGUAAAUAAUGACCGUGUUGUACGUUAUGUCUUCUUUUUGCCUUCAAAAGUUUAGAAAUCUGUGCUUUAUAUGUGAUUUAUAGGCCUACUACUGUAUUAUAGCAAUACUUUGAACUUGUAUUUGUGAAAUAAAUUCAUAUUUUAUGUUCUUAAAUAUUCA